AUAAUACGAAACGGAAAGCAGAGUGUAAGUUGCCGCGAAUUUGCAAGAGUCGAGACUCAAGUCAACGAAGAAAAACCUCUCACUUUUCUUAUCGAAUUUUGAGCUUCUCCUCUUCAUUCUUUUGUUUGUCUGAUCAGUUUGAGAAGGUAAAAAACUUGAUUGACGACAGAAAUAUGAGUGCCUUGGAUGAUGACGAUGAUAAAAAACUGAAGAGUUUAAGCAGAUGGAGGCAGGCCGCUUUGGUAUUGAACUCUAGCCGGCCGUUUCGAUACACGGUUGACCUCAAAGCAGAAAUCCAGACUGUUAAUCAGCCCAAUAAGACUGUGGUUGAGGAUAAAGACGAUGACGAUGGCGGUGAUAGUGAUCAUAACAAUGAUGAUGACGGUGACAGCAACAGUGGCAAUGACGAUGGCAAUGACAAGAAUGACUACAAGGAUGGAAAGGAUGCUGAAGAUGAGGUUGGGAUAAACCCCAAGGACAUUGAGCUGGUAAUGGAGCAAACUGGUGUUUCAAGGUCAAGGGCUGUAGAAGCUCUCAAGGCUGCAAAUGGUGAUAUUGUUGAAGCCAUUAUGGAAACAUACUUGGAGGGAAAUUAUACACAUCAGAUUUCUGCCAGUAACUUCUCUAUUUUCGGCGAAAAUCAACAUAGAACAGGUGGCAAUGCUGUUGAAUUGUACAAUAAGGAUAUGUCAAAGGCUAAACUUGAUGCUUUGGCGAAAAAAGGUCAUGGGGGCGAUCAUCCAAAUGGUAGUAAAAGGGUCAGGAGAGCAGGUUUUCAUCGCACUCGUACAAAGUUAGCUAUCCGCAAUCAGAGACAUGCAGUGCAACCUACACCCCUUUUGACUGGAUUGAAAAGUCAUCCCUCUAUUUACAUCCGUCUUGGUCAACGACUCCCUGAAAGCAACCUUGUAUCCCAAAACAAUUGGACUCGGGCAUUUAAAAUAUGCUCUAAUGCAGCAGUAGAGUACAAGAGGCUUUUGCUUGAUGCUGGUUUUGGGGAUUUCUUAAGUAUCCAACCCUUCAGAAUUAACUCAGGUGGCUAUAUGAGUGCUUUGGUGGAGCGAUAUUUCUCUGAGACGCACACAUUACAUCUCGGCACUUUUGAAAUUGGUCCUACACCAUUGGCCUGGACUAUGAUUACUGGUAUUACGUUUGGAGGUGAUCCUCUAAAUCCUCCAGAUAUUACACCUGAAGAAUGCAUUAAGCUUCUUGGACUUGUAGGUACUGAAUCUGAAGGGUUUUUUUCCCAAGGCAAACUUAAGCUAGAUGUUUUAUGUCCUUUAACUUUGGACUUCAGAAAGAAGCCAGCUAAUAGUGAUUUGGAGUGGAUGUUUAGAAGGCUGAUUUUGUAUCUUGUUGGAAGUUGUUUUUUCAGUGGGCCUGAUAUGAUGAUCCCAAGUCGCUUGGUUUCUGCUAUGAGCAACAUUCAGAAGAUCAGUCAAUAUGAUUGGGGUGCAGCUACUUUUUCGGCCUUUUUAAGGGGUAUGAGGCACAAAACUUCUGAAUGCCGUGGUACUUUCUCUGGCUUCUACCCAUUCUUAUUAUUGUGGGCUUAUGAGCACAUUCCCUAUCAGAGGCCAUUAACUAAUUUUGAUCCUGACAUAUUUCCUCGUGCUCGUCAAUGGGACUUGACGAAGAUGGACGUUCCAAAUUCAAAUGACUUUACUUGGUACAGGUUGGAACUGGAAUACUUGGAGGAGGAUGAGGUUAAUUUUGAUCCAUACGGAAAAUUGUGGGAGGAGGAAGGCUUGGAGUAUGAGAGAGAACUUUCCCAGAAGAGGAUUGCUUUCUUGGGGUUGGAGAGCUGGGAGCUGUACAUGGGAGAAAGGAACCUCCGCCAGUUUGGUGGCGGAGUACGAAUUCCUCACUCUCCUCCUGCCGAACGAUAUGGUGAAGGAUCACAAAUUCUCACAGGAGCUGCCAGGAAACUUUUGCAGGGAGUUGAUGCUUGGGAUUUGCUAGAAGACAAGGAAUACAGUUAUGUUGAAUGGUUUCGUGCUAAUUCUUUGGGGCGGAUAGUUGAUCUGGAUCAGUUUCAAGGAAGAAAGAUCUUAGGGGGCAGAUUAUUAGAGCUGUGGCUAAGAGUUCAUCAAGAUGGGCAUAAAGUGAUAUCUCCACAGGAUUUACAAGAACUUGAAGAUAUGAAAACAAUGUGGAAGGAGAAAUAUCGAAGUACCGAGUCAAAGUUAAAGGAGUGCGUAGCAGAGAUCAAAACUUUGAAGGAGAGUUUGGAUCACUGGAAAGGCGUUGCGCUGUCUCGGAGUACAGAUCUGGCAGAGCAAGCAUCAAAUGCUGAGGCUAGAGUUUUAUAAUCAAUUGGAAGACAGGAAAAAUGGGUGUAUUCUUCUUGUAUGAUCAUUGUGUAACUCUAUUUGUUUCUGUUUUAUGUUCUUAUUGUAAAGUAAGGCUUAUGGUGAUUAUGAUCUCUUGUAAAUGUUCUUGUAUUACUUGUUUUAUUCCAUUAAAAUAAGGCAGUAUGUCCUAACAUUAACGCUUUAA